UGGUUAUUAAUUCUCCCUUUUUAUUUUGCAUUUUGGUUGUCCUCUUUUAUAUACCUUACAUACUAGGACAUAUUUAUUGAGAAUAUGCUUUCUAUAAAACUCUCUUCUGUGUAAUUGAAAUUUAAGUUUAGAAUGAUAGUAUCCACACUGGCAUAUGAGUAACCUUAAUUAUCACAAAUUUCAAUGUCAGUUGGAGUAGCCAUAUUUGAUAUUUCUAUAAUUCAUAUUUUUCCUCUCUUUAGGAAGAAAUGGAUCGACCACAAAUGAUUUUAACCAAACUGAAGUUGCUGAAUUUUUCCUCAUGGGAUUUUCGAAUUCCUGGGAUAUUCAGAUUGUACAUGCUGCUGUAUUCUUCUUAGUUUACCUGGCAGCUCUCAUAGGAAAUCUCCUAAUCAUCAUGCUUACCACUCUGGAUGUUCACCUCCAAACCCCAAUGUAUUUCUUUUUGAGAAACUUGUCUUUCUUAGAUUUUUGUUACAUCUCUGUCACAAUUCCAAAAUCUAUUGUCAGUUCCUUGACUCAUGAUACUUCCAUUUCUUUCUUUGGGUGUGCUUUGCAAGCCUUCUUUUUCAUGGACUUGGCGACUACUGAGGUAGCCAUCCUUACAGUGAUGUCCUAUGACCGCUAUGUGGCCAUCUGCUGGCCCUUACGUUAUGAGGUCAUCAUAAACCAAGGUGUCUGUAUAAGGAUGAUGGCAAUGUCGUGGCUCAGUGGGAUGAUCUGUGGAUUCAUGCAUGUGACAGCAACAUUCUCAUUACCAUUCUGUGGGCGCAAUAGAAUACGUCAAUUUUUCUGUAACAUUCCACAGCUCCUAAGCCUCUUAGAUCCCAAAAUAAUUACCAUUGAGAUUGGAGUAAUGGUUUUUGUUACAAGUCUUGUGAUAAGCUCCUUUGUUGUAAUUACUCUCUCCUAUAUGUACAUUUUUUCAGUCAUCACGAGGAUUCCUUCUAGGGAGGGUAGAUCAAAAACAUUUUCUACCUGCAUUCCACAUCUUGUGGUUGUAACACUCUUUAUGAUAUCUGGCAGCAUUGCCUAUGUGAAGCCAAUUUCAAAUUCUCCCUCGGUUCUGGAUGUUUUCCUGUCUGUGUUCUACACAGUUGUGCCCCCAAUCCUGAACCCCAUCAUCUAUAGUCUGAGGAACAGAGACAUGAAGGCAGCCCUGAGAAGGCAGUGUGGUAUCCUAGGUGAAGAAUUAGAUUAGGGAUCAUAACUCCUGAACUCUUGUUCUCAUCAGACAAUUUGUAAGCUUUCUGGGCCUAUAUUUUCAGUUGAUUGCUGAGCUCUUUUUUGAUUUUUAAA